AUGUCCUACCCAGAACUCGGAUUCAAAACAACCGCAGAGGAGGCCGCCGAUGCCUUCGCCAAUGAGAUCAAAGGCAAAAACGUCCUCAUUACUGGAACGUCGGUGAACGGAAUCGGCUUUGAGGCGGCGCGCGCUAUUGCUAAACACGCAAACCUGGUCGUCAUCACCGGCUACAAUGAGGAGAGGCUAAAGUUGUCUGAGGAGGCGAUCAAGAAAGAUAUCCCCUCUGCCAACGUUCGAAAACUUAUUCUCGACCUCAACUCGCUUGCUGCUGUCCGCAAAGCAGCUGCCGAGGUCAAUGCCUACUCCGAACCACUUCACGUCCUCGUUAAUAACGCCGCCGCUCCCCUUGGCCCCUUCGCUACGACUGCCGACGGUUUAGAAACUCAGAUUGGUGUUGGACACGUUGCUGCAUUCCUAUUCACGAAACUCGUUACGCCCAAGCUUCUUGCUUCCGCUACCGCAGAUUACACUCCCCGUGUUGUCUUUAUCGGCAGCCAGGCACACAUGUUUGGCCCAGGUGUCGUCCUGGAUGUGAUUAAACCUGGAUUGGAGGGCGUCCCAUUCCCCCCACAUGUUUCUUACUUCUCUGUCAAAUCUGCCAACAUCCUCACUGCUAGCGAGCUUUCCCGUCGGGCUAAGGGAAAGCUGCAUGCGUUUAGCAUCCACCCCGGCAUCAUCGUCACCAACUUCGGUACCAAAAGUCCUGCCAUUCCUGUCAUGCACGCAAUGGGCCUCGUUGAUGAGAAGGGGGUCCCGAACACCAAGGAUUUCGAGUGGAAAUCCAUCCCGCAAGGCGCUGCAACAACUGUUACUGCCGCUUUCGAUCCUCGUAUCGCUGGUCAAUCCGGCGGCUACCUCAACGACAACAAGGUUAUGACCGAGAUGGUCGCUGAGCACACCGCUAGCCCCGAUAACGCCGCCAAGCUUUGGGAAGUCACGGAGACGGUCAUUGGCGAGAAGUACGAGUUUUAA